AUUAUAUUUUACUGAUAGGCGAUACUUACUCUAAUUUUAUAUAUAUCAUACUGCACUAAACCUGUUGUGCGAGCGGCUGAAACUCUCUUUUCGCGUUCACUCGGCGGUGAGGAUACGCGAACGUAAAGAUGGGACGAGUGAUCAGAGCCCAGCGAAAGGGUGCGGGCAGCGUGUUCCGCUCGCACAACAAGCACAGGAAAGGUGCACCCAAACUGCGUGCCGUGGACUACGCUGAGCGACACGGCUACAUCAAGGGAAUCGUCAAGGAGAUCAUCCACGACCCGGGUAGGGGUGCCCCACUGGCCAAGGUGGUGUUCCGGGACCCUUACCGCUACAAGCUCAAGAAGGAGCUGUUCCUGGCCGCCGAGGGCAUGCACACGGGACAGUUUGUCUACUGCGGCAAGAAGGCCACGCUCGAGGUGGGCAACGUGUUGCCCGUGGGCACGAUGCCCGAAGGCACGGUGAUCUGCAACGUGGAGGAGAAGGCCGGGGACCGGGGCCGCCUGGCCCGCACCUCGGGCAACUACGCCACGGUGAUUGCCCACAACCCGGACACGCGCAAGACGCGCGUCAAGCUGCCCUCCGGCGCCAAGAAGGUGCUGCCCUCGGCCAACCGGGCCAUGGUGGGCAUCAUCGCGGGAGGGGGCCGGGUCGAGAAGCCCAUCCUCAAGGCCGGGCGCGCCUACCACAAGUACAAGGCCAAGCGCAACUCGUGGCCCAAGGUCCGCGGUGUCGCCAUGAACCCUGUGGAGCACCCCCACGGUGGUGGCAACCACCAGCACAUUGGCAAGGCCUCGACCGUCAGGAGGGAUGCAUCCGCCGGUCGCAAGGUGGGUCUGAUUGCUGCCAGGCGCACCGGUCGCAUCAGGGGAGGCAAGACCAGCACCCAGGGCAAGGACGAUUGAGCUCAACUGUAAUAAAGGGAGAGGAAGA